AUGAUUCGUGAUUUCACUCUUCAUCAAAAAGCCAACACUGAUCACAAUGGCCUCCUGCCUAAUAUGGGCAAGUUUCCGCUUCUGUGCUCGAAAUCAGAGUUCCCCGGGUGUCACAGCGCCAACGCGGCGGACCUACCUUGCUCUCGUCCUUCUCGCCGCUGGCUCUCGCUUCGGGAUCGUCGCUGUCCUCGGCGCCGGCACUCUUGCCGGGCGGAUCAUCCGGAGCCGGAUGCUGCGGCGGCGACGGCUGCUGUGGCGGCGCCUGGCAGGCUCCGCCAGCUCCCUGGGAGCGGGGGAUGGGCUCCGGGCACGGAGAAACUCCCUCCACAUCCAUCUCCAUCUUCCCAUUCACUGGAGGACAAGACAAAAGCGGAGCGCAGAUUUGACAGAGGCGCCGGCGGCGGCUCAGCUGCCGGUGGCACGCAUGGCUCGCCGAGGAGGAGCCGCCUCCCGCGCGCCCGCCCUCCCGCUAGCCUUCGCCCGCGCGCCCCACAGCUCUGCUCGCCGCUAGGCUCCGGCACCGGCGGCGCCGGCCCGGGGAGCGCGAGCAGCGGGUGGCCGCGCGUCCUCGGAGCAGUGGCCUUCAGGAGCCCGCCGGCAGUCCCGCUAAGCCGAGCGCAUCCCGGAGGCUGCGGUAGCGACGCCUCCCAGCCGCGCGCCCAGCGCCGGGGCCGCCCGGGGACUCCCUCCCCAGCUGGGCCUCCUGAUCCUCGUCGCUUUCCAGCCUCUCUGGGGGCCUCUCGGCGUCUCCCCUCCCCUCCGCCUCUGAACAAAGUUACUGGAAGAACAAUCGCAUCGCUGGGACCUGCCGGCUGGGACCUCCCGGAGUGGGGCGGGUCAGGUAUCUAUAACCAUUCUGAGAAGCUUUCAGAACCCUUACAAGAUAAAGUUCCCAUUGAUGAGACAAAUCUAUAAGCAUCCCUGGAUAUUUUAACAAUCCCGUGGUUAGCAGCGCUGCCCAAUAGGACUGCCUACAAUGACAGAAAUGUGCUGUGUCUGUGCUCUUCAGUAAGUGACUGAAUGAUGGCCAACGUGACCAAGAAACUUCAUUUUCAUUCUAUUCCAUUGUAAUUACUUUAAAUGUAAACAGCCUCAUGUGGUUGCUGGCCCCCUACUGGACAGAGCAGCUCCAGGGUGAUCACCCUUCCUGUUCCUCAACCCUUUUUCAAAUUCCCAGGUUCAACCCAGGCCCCCCUGCUCAGCCUGUGUACUUAUUAAUCCCCAGUGAAUGCACUGAGACGACAAACAUCUGCCUCACCACCUCAUCUACAUAAUAAGUAACAUUAUGCUUAUUAUUUUGAAUAAGAGGAAUUUAACUCGAAUUAAAUGCCACCGAAAGUUGUCAAAACCUUUUUCAUAGUAUUCAUAAUCACGUAGCUUGAAUUUUACAGCCUUUUCAAACAGCAGCAGACAUGGGGCGCAUUUGGAACUGCCUUAAGAAAAAGAGACAAAAGACUGCAAAUGGAUUUGGGGUAGAAGACACAAAAAGACACCUCAUCUCCACCAUCUUAUUGGUGCACCAGAGAAAGUUCCAUAAAUUCAGAGGGUAUCUGUGUUGAAAAUAAAUAUCAAAAUUUGAACAUUCCUCCCCAAAUGGAAGAUGAGAUGCAAACAAAGGAGAGGUCAAGGUGCCAGAAGAUAGCAAAUGAAAUUCAAACUAGAAAUGCACUCAACAGUUACCCUGAAUAUGAAUAUCUAAUCUGUGGAAUCAAUGGGCAGGGAGGGGGGGGUAGGGCAGAGAUGGGACAAAAAUACACGUGAUUUGAAACAGGCACCAGCCCCCUGGAGCCUUCCCUUUUCCAAGGUGAGAAAAUCAGCACCACUGCCCACAAUCACAACACACUGCCUCCACCACGCAGGCUCCCAGGAACCCCGUGAGGUGGAUAUGAUCAGGAAAGAGAUUAUUCAGGGGACAUGAUUUUAACUGACACAUCUCAGAGCAAAAAUAAGCAAAUUCCUACUUGAGAGGGAAGAGGACAGUGUCAGCCCUUGCCUUUGAUUGAAAGUGUGAAUUAGCACAACCUACCUCAUACCAGGAGGCCAACAUCAGGAAAACAUUUCAUCAAGGUCUGUGCUUUGCUCAGCUGCCAGUUUGGUACCGUGUGAUGCAAGAUUAUGCCCAUAAAGAAAUGUGUAGCCAAGGGCAACAGCCUCACUUCUGAGGAUGGUCACUUCUUAGCAACUGAAACCAAUAAAUAAAGAAACUCCAGGGGACUUCAGACAAUACGCUUUCAGGAGGUUGGCCGUGAGCUCAGAAGCCAUUCAGAACUGUCCUGACAUUCAGGCACCUAAGAUCCCCAUCACCCAGGCUCUCCUUUCCUUCAGAAACUGAGGGCAAGUUUCUUCACAUUGAUUCACACCAAUCCAGCUCAGAAGGGAGCAGAAGAGUGACAAUGAAAGAAGAAAAUAUUCACUCCCCUCA